UGAAGUACGCGUGUCCUAGACAUUAAAUAAGCAAAGAUGAUGUGCAAUUGGACAUCUAUUGGCAAGACAUGCGCAAAAUGGCUGCUUUUCGUUCUAAAUGGAUUGUGUAUUCUGAUUGCAGUUGGUACCACUGUAUUUGCGAUAGUCGACAUUAAGGUGCUGAAGAAAUACGGCGAGGAUCAGGGGCAUGAAACAUUGUCUGGAAACAUACUCAUCAUAAUUGUAUGCUUGCUUUUAUUUUUUGUGGCAAUAUUCGGCUGCAUUGGAACCGCUAAAGAGAAUGUUAAAAUUCUUUGUCUGUACGUAGGUUUCCUGAUGCUGUUCAUGGUGGUGGAGCUAUUGGUUGCGGUGUACGUCGCCGUGCAGAGGUAUGGUCUCGAGUUCAGGGUGUCCGAGUCGAUGCGAAAUCAAUUCUUCCGGAACUUCACAAACGAGGAAUUAGAUCAGCACAAGAAGAUUUGGGACGACUUGCAGAUAACAUAUGAAUGCUGUGGUUUGAAUGGUCCGGAAGACUACCAAGCUAUCCGGCAAGAGAUUAGCCUAUCUUGCUGUCCGAGAGCAUUUCGCGCGAAGACUAACUACGCGCAGCAUCAGUUGUACAAGACAUGUUUGGAAUCGAAGACUUACUUCAAUGUAGGCUGCGAGGACGAGAUUCUGCAUGAGAUCAGAGCUGAAGAAGACUGGCUGAUAGGAGUUACCGUCAUCUCCUCAUGGUUUCAGGCUGCUGAAGUGUUGGCUGCCAUGUGGCUAUCUCACGUCACGAAACAAGACGCACAGUUCAAGCAGCAAACUCUAAGAAACUAACUCAAGCAAUUGCUAAUAUUACAUUGCACUAAUUUAAUCUGAUUGUCGUCAUUUCCAGUUCGAUCAUCGAACAUUAUAUGCCUUACAUUUUUCCUUAUUACAUUCGUCUUCAAAUAUUUUUCUUUUGGCUUUUUAAAAUGGUACAAGUGGUUACUUACUAUAUUGUCGACAGAAACAGUUAAUCUUCAAUACAUUGUUCAUCAGAAUAUAAAAUUCUUUAUGAAUUUGU